AAGCGGUGAUGACAAAUCAACCACUAGAAGCCACCAUGUGGAUGAAUCCUUCAUGCUCAAAGCAAUGCAACAAUAAUUUCAGAGGCUGGACAUCAUGUUUGGUGAGAUUAAAGACAAAAUGGAGAAGCAAGAUGCAACGAUAACCAAGUUAUACCAAACACAGAAUGGAAGUCCGAAUUUGUGUAGGAAUGAUGCUAAUGAUGAUUUCAAUGAUGAUUAUAAAGAUACAUUCAACAAUGACGCCCAGAACUCAAAUUUCAGCGUGGACAGAAUUAUGAGAGGUAGCAGGGGCCAAAGAGAGCAAAAUCUGGCAAGGUGGGGAGAUUGGCAAGAUCGUGACUUAGGUAGCAUCAAGAUGAAGAUUCCUCCAUUUCAAGGCAAGAAUGAUCCAGAUGUGUAUUUGGAGUGGGAAAAGAAGGUGGAAUUGGUGUUUGAUUGCCAUAACUAUCCUGAGGAGAAAAAGGUGAAACUAGCAGCGAUGGAAUUUACUGAUUAUGCUGUGGUAUGGUGGGAUCAGCUUGUGCUUAUUCGACAUAGAAAUCGAGAGCAUCCUAUUGACACUUGGGAAGAGAUGAAGGCUGUGAUGAGAAAACGGUUUGUUCCUAGUCACUACUACCGCGAUCUCUAUCAACGAUUUCAAGGCCUUACUCAAAUGUCCAGAAGCGUUGAGGAUUAUCACAAGGAGAUGGAAAUAGCAAUGGUUAGAGCAAAUGACGAAGAGGAUAGAAAAGGAACAAUGGCACGGUUUUUGCAUGGUUUAAAUCGUGAUAUAGCUAAUGUGGUGGAACUGCAGCAUUGUGUUGAAUUAGAGGAUAUGGCGCACAUGGCAAUGAAAGUAGAAAGGCAACUCAAGCGUAAAGUUGCCACCACCAGAACUGGGAAAAAUCUAGGUUCCUCAUUUUCUAGGAAACCAAAUUGGAGCAAAAAGGAAGAAAAUUCUGCUUUCAAGCCUAAAACUUCAGCAUCUAAGUCAAAAGACGUUGGCAGCAGGCAUAUUGCAUCGCAAUGCCCUAAUAAGCACACAAUGAUCUUGAGAGAAGAUGGAGAAAUUGAAACCGAGGGUGAGUCUGAUGAUGAAUAUAUGCCACCAUUAGAAGAUGCUAAUGAUGGUGUGGAAUAUGCUGUUGAUGGAGAACUGCUCAUCACCAGGCAAGCUUUGAAUGUGCAAGCCAAAGAAGAUGAUGAAGUACAACAUGACAAUAUAUUUCACAUGAGGUGCCAUGUCAAAAACAAGGUGCAAUGGUUAAACGAUUGUGGAGAAAUCAAGGUAAAUAAGCAAGUUCUUGUUUCAUUCUCUAUUGGACGAUAUAAGGAUGAGAGAGAAAACAGCAGAGGAAGAGUUAAAAAAGAGAGAAAGAUCGAGAGUGUUGAAAACAAAGAGAGAAAAUCAGUGAGUGUUUAUGCAAAAGAAAGUGAUGUCACGGCUGCGUUCUUUGCAAAGCAGCGUAUGUUUGUGCUUCUGUAUAAAGAUGCUUAUUUCAACAUUAACGAACUUAAUAAUUCUUUGCCUAGUGCUGUUAAAUCUCUUUUGCAGAACUUCAAGGAUGUGUUUCUAGAUGACGUUCCUAAUGGUUUACCACCAAUAAGAGGAAUCGAGCAUCAAAUUGACUUCAUUCCUGUUUCAGUGCUACUUGUGCCUAAGAAGGAUGGGACUUGGCGUAUGUGCGUUGAUUGUCGCGCAGUCAACAAAAUCACUAUCGUCUUUUUAGGAUAUUUUGUUUCAACUGAUGGACAAACAAAAGUGGUUAAUAGGGUGUUGUCAACCUUAUUGCGAUCUAUUAUUCAGAAGAACUUGAAGAAUUGGGAAGAGUGUUUGCUGCACGUUGAAUUUGCUUAUAACCGGAGCAUCCAUUCAGCAACUAACUGUUCAUCAUUUGAGGUUGCGUAUGGUUUUAAUCCACUCACUCCUUUAGAUUUAUUGCCAUUACCUAUUGAUGAACAAGCUAGUUUGGAUGAAAAAAAGAAAGCUGAAGUGGUUAAGCGACUACAUGAGAGGGUGCGACAAAACAUAGAGCGACGAACUGAGCAAUAUGCAAAACAAGCCAACAAAGGAUGCAAGAAAGUUGUAAUUGAACUUGGAGAUUUGGUUUGGGCGCAUAUGCGCAAGGAGCGAUUCCCUGCACAAAGGCGUUCUAAACUGCAACCAAGAGGCGAUGGACCAUUUCAACUGAUUGCGAGGAUUAAUGACAACACAUACAAGUUGGAGCUUCCUGGUGAGUAUAAUGUUAGUGCUACUUUUAAUGUUUCUGAUCUUUCUCCUUUUGAUGUAGGUGACGAUUUGAGGACAAAUCCUUUUGAGGAGAGAGGGAAUGAUGGGAAUCAAGACGACAGCAUAUCUACUACGUCAUGUGAUCCAUUACGCACCCAAGGAGGUCCAGUCACACGAGCUAGAGCUAAGAUGCGUGAAGCUUUAAAUGGCCUUAUAGAGCAGAUCUGGGUUGAAAACAACAUACAACAAGCAAAUCGAAGCUUGGAUGAUUAUCAAGGCAUGGUAAACAUCAUUCAAGUUCAAAAGAAGCUUAGUUGAGGUCCUUUGCACGGAAUUACACAAUUUGCGUCAAAAUUGCACAAUUCUGCUGUAAUUUGUAGCAAACUGAUAUUUCAUGUUAUUUUAGGUUAUUUUUAGUGAUUUUCAUGUUUUGUAUUAUUUUUGGGGUGAACAUUCGCUUAUUUGAAGCCCAAUUGGUGGUUAUUAGGUUUAGGACUUAGCGUGUUAGUUUCCUAUUCUGAUUAGGAUUUGUUUUCUCUAUUUAAAAGGCUUGUAACCCUAAUGGGGAGGAGGCCAUUGAAUUUGAGUUUUGAGAGACUUUUCUCUCUUUGGUUCGUUUCAGAACUUUACAGAACUUAUCAAGAUUAUUCUUGUGGCGUUCUAAGCUGACUUAUCAUUCUCAUUCUUAAUCGUUUGAGGGUGUGGCAUCAACCAACUUUAUACCUCUGGUUCUUGUUGCGUCAUAGACAACAGGUCAAGGUUUUUACUGAUGGGAAUCAAGACGACAGCAUAUC